GAGGAUAAAAGGUCCCUCAGCCCCGUCCUCCGCAGUCGCUCACCUUCGCUUCCAGAAACUUCUCGCUGCAGCUGAAGAGGCUCUGCCAGAACUCCAGGACGAUGUGCUCCCGCGGGUCCUGCCAUGACUACGAGUCCUCCUGCCAUGGAUCCCGGUCCUCCUGCCAUGAAUCCCGCUCCUCCUGCCACUCGGGGCCCUCGUGCCACUACACCAUCCAGAGGCAGCCCGUGCAGAAGUUCAGCUACGUGACACCCUGCUGCCCCCAGGUGCAGCUCUGCUACCCUCCAGUGCAGCGUUACUGCCCCCCAGUGCAGCGUUACUGCCCCCCAGUCUGCCCCCAGGUCACCAAGAACAUCUGCAAGCUGCCCCCGUGCUACCCCAAGUACUGAGGGCAGGAUCCAGCUCCUCGCCCGCAGCUUCCAGCUCAUCCCACUGCUCAUGGCUGUGCAGCUUUGUCACUUCUCUCCAAGAAAAACCUUCUAAAACUGCCGGCGGUGAUGCAGUUUUAGGAUGAAACCUCUCGGUUUAAGGAGCUCUGAGCUGUUUAUCUUUCCUCUGCCAACGCUGUGAAUGCUUCUUGCUUUGCUGCUUCAUCCUCCAGCAAGACAAUAAAAAUGGUGUUUCA